AUGGCCACCUCCGGCUCCUCAACCUGCGUCAUUGAACCCCCCAUCGAACUCCACCCCAUCUCCUCUCAUCCCACCAAACCCCAAGAUGCCAAAGUCCCCGGCCUCCGUCUCUCAGACAGCAAAGGCAUCCAAGAAUACAACGACAGUCCCACAGAUCUACCCUCGCCAACCACGCAUCCUACCGCCAAACUCGAGCGAUGGAACCACCCGCGCUCCAACCUGUUCAAGACGAUGGCUGCGUUUUGGAGCUUCGUCGUCAUGGGCAGUAACGAUGCUGCAUACGGUGCUUUGAUUCCUUAUCUACAGGAAUACUACAAUCUCACGUUUGUGGGUGAUUUCGUUGGUGUUCUUGUCGCCGUUGGUGGGAUUGCACCGACGUGCCAUCUCAUUGCGUACAUCGUGAUUGCGGUACACCCCCCUUAUCCGGUGCUGGUGAUUAUCUUCAUGCUGGCUGGCUUUGGCAAUGGCCUCGCUGAUGCAGCUUGGAACGCCUGGAUGGGAAAUAUGGCGAAUCCGAAUGAGGUUUUGGGCUUCUUGCAUGCUCUCUAUGGUGUGGGGGCUGUUCUCGCGCCACUGAUUGCUACGACAAUGAUUACCAAGGGAUCGAAGCUACCUUGGUAUUACUUUUAUUACGUCAUGAUUGCAAUGGCAGCCAUCGAACUCGUCACGUCCACCACCGCCUUCUGGCAAUGCACAGGCGCUGUCUUCCGCGCUGAGAACCCACGUACCGGCGGCGGGAAAGACAACCGCAUGAAGGAAGCACUUGUUCGUCUCCCGUAUGCGCGAGUCACUUGGGCUGUGUGUAUCGAAGUCGCGCUUGGUGGCUGGAUUGUCAAGUUCAUGCUUGAAGUGCGUGACGGCGGUCAAUUCGCCAGCGGUAUGACGGCCACCGGAUUCUGGAUGGGUGUUACAGUGGGUCGAGUUGUGCUGGGCUUCGUGACUCCGAGGCUGGGAGAGAAAUUGGCUAUUGCUAUCUAUCUCCCCCUCACAAUGGCUCUAGAGCUCAUCUUCUGGCUCGUGCCUCAAUUCUACGUCUCAGCUGUAGCCGUUGCCCUGCAGGGUUUCUUCCUCGGCCCACUAUUCCCCGCCGCCAUCGUUGCUGCUACCAAACUGCUGCCACGCGAUCUGCACGUCAGCGCCAUUGGGUUUGCAGCAGCGUUUGGUGGGUCUGGGGCUGCCAUCUUCCCGUUUGCAGUCGGUGCGAUUGCACAGUCGAAGGGAGUGCAGGUCCUGCAGCCAAUUAUUCUCGCCCUUUUGGGAGUGAUUCUUGGAUUGUGGUUGUGCUUACCGAGAAUACAUAAGAAGCAUGAGUAA